AGUUUGCCUUCACUACCGUGCACAUCGACGUGUCAAAAAGUAAAAGUCUGGGUUUUAUGUACUUUGUUCUGCUUUUAUUUAGAAAAGAAUAAGUAUUUAUAAAUAAUUGUGAAAACUAAAAAUUGCAAGGGAACACGGGCUAGUACGGCAAAAAUAUGGUUUUGGCAGAUUUAGGACGGAAGAUCACCUCAGCGAUCCAAUCGCUGAGUAAGGCGACAGUAAUCAAUGAGGAGGCUCUCAACUCAAUGCUGAAAGAAAUAUGCGCAGCCUUGCUUGAGGCUGAUGUGAAUAUUCGUCUGGUGAAGCAAUUACGCGAGAAUGUGAGAGCUGUUAUUGAUUUCGACGAGAUGGCAGGUGGAUUGAAUAAGCGACGUAUGAUACAGUCUGCCGUUUUUAAGGAAUUGAUCAAAUUGGUCGAUCCAGGUGUAAAGCCAUAUCAACCUGUGAAGGGGCGUGCCAAUGUUAUAAUGUUCGUCGGCCUACAAGGUUCCGGCAAGACAACAACGUGUACCAAGCUAGCCUAUCACUACCAAAAACGCAACUGGAAAUCUUGUCUUGUGUGCGCCGAUACUUUUCGAGCUGGUGCUUAUGAUCAAAUUAAGCAGAAUGCCACAAAAGCGCGUAUUCCAUUCUACGGCAGUUACACUGAAAUCGAUCCUGUCGUUAUAGCGCAGGAAGGUGUUGAAAUGUUUAAACGAGAAGGCUUUGAAAUCAUCAUCGUCGAUACUUCGGGUCGUCACAAACAAGAGGAGUCUUUGUUCGAAGAGAUGUUGGCUGUUUCUAGAGCCGUCUCUCCAGAUAACAUAAUAUUCGUGAUGGAUGCCACUAUUGGACAGGCUUGUGAAGCUCAAGCGAAAGCUUUCAAGGACAAGGUCAACAUUGGUUCAGUUAUAAUUACCAAGCUGGACGGUCAUGCAAAGGGUGGCGGUGCACUUUCGGCUGUUGCAUCAACUAACUCGCCAAUUAUUUUCAUUGGUACUGGAGAACAUAUCGAUGACUUGGAACCAUUUAAAACUAAACCAUUUAUAAGUAAACUUCUUGGAAUGGGCGAUAUCGAGGGAUUGAUUGACAAGGUCAAUGAACUUAAACUGGACGGCAACGAAGAGCUUCUUGAAAAGAUCAAACACGGUCAAUUCACAAUACGCGAUAUGUACGAACAGUUUCAGAAUAUCAUGAAAAUGGGACCUUUUUCACAAAUAAUGGGAAUGAUUCCGGGAUUUUCACAAGACUUUAUGACCAAAGGUGGUGAACAAGAAUCAAUGGCACGGAUAAAACGUAUGAUGACUAUGAUGGAUAGUAUGUCUGAUGGAGAGCUAGAUAAUCGCGACGGCGUAAAAUUAUUUACAAAACAACCGACACGAUACGUUCGUGUUGCACAGGGUGCUGGUGUGCUCGAGAAGGAAGUUCGCGAUCUAAUAUCUCAUUAUACGAAAUUUGCCGCAGUGGUGAAAAAAAUGGGUGGAGUUAAGGGCCUCUUCAAGCAAGGUGACAUGACGAAAAACGUAAAUCCCACGCAAAUGGCAAAAUUAAAUCAACAAAUGGCGAAAAUGAUUGAUCCGCGUAUGUUGCAGCAAAUGGGAGGAGUUGGUGGACUGCAAAAUAUGAUGAGGCAGCUGCAGCAAGGAGCGGCUGGCGGUCUCGGCGGAUUGGGAAAUUUAAUGGGUGGUUUUGGUGGAAAAUGAGAGCGGCAAUCAGUGAGAAAAUUUUUAGAUUCUAGCGAAACUAUUUGUUAAGAAAGAGGGUAAGCAAAUAAGGUCCGAGCUGAUGAUGUGGGAAACAUAAAAUACGUUAAGCACAUCUGCUUUUCUUGUUGCUGCGAUAGUUUUUCUUGUGUUUUUCUAUUGAACAUAUUUUUUCGAUUGUUUAUUACGUACAUAUGUAAAUUUUAUGUUAUUUAAAUCGAAGCGAUUGAGGACCAAACCUAGCACAUAAAGUGGCAUAAAAUUAUGCCCACUCUCAAGAUGUGCUCUUUUUGUAUUGAUGCCAAUAAAUUAUUAAGAACCACAAAAAAACGUGUUUGAGCAAAAAGGAAGUACGCAAAUCAAGCUUAUUGAUUGCCUUAUAUUCAGUCCUCAUCGGAAAAAAAAUCUUUAACAUACAUAUACCCUAGGUUAAGUUGUAUUGCAGAUUCUUCGAAUCAUAGAGGUUGCAUGAUUAAUAAAAAAAUAAACGAGACGAAAUAUAUAGUUACAUACAUAUA